AAAAAACAUCACGCCUGCCGCGAUCUUUACUACUUCUCGUACACGACACACCGACGGCAGGUCAAACUCGCUCACAAUGACCAACAAGCAAUCGUAUGAGAUGAUCCAGGCGGGUGCCGGGGCAGCAGCCCUUGAACGGGGGGAGGAAGGGUCGCUGAUAGCUGGCACUGAGCCGCGGCGCAAAGGAUGGGUGGCACCGGCGUUGGCGGCGGCGGUUGGUGUCGCGCUGCUGCUGGCCUGUGGUUUGUCUGCUCAUGCUCGGGAGGAUGCUUCCGCUGCCGGCGCUGCGGCGACCCCCAUGCAGGCCUCCACGGACAGUGUCCCUUCCUGCAGCCUCCUAUCCUGCACAAGCUCGGGCUGCGACUGGGACGGGGCCCCUUUCCUCUGCCUGGACGGGGGCUCCGCUGGAGGGUGCGCAGACAGCGCCUCUGCGUGGUCCGGAGGCGACGGCUGCACGUCCUUCUGCGACCUCUCCGGCUGCGCCGAUACCCUCCAGAACACCGGCGUGGACGACCUGCCGCGGCGCUGCCUGGAGUGCGACGAAACGCAGUGCUCCACCCUGGCCGGGCACCCGUCGCAGGCGUGCGGCAGCGCGGCGCCGUUCGUGUGUCUCUCCGGCGCAGCCACCUGGGGCUGCGCGGAUAACGAGCUGGCGUGGGCAAGCGCACCUUCGACAACGUGUGGCGAGUGCUGCGAUGUCAUCGGCUGCUAAGUUUGUUGCAAGGGGCGUAUGGUGAAACGGGUCGCGGAUUGGCUCCGCUUCAAGCGGAGGCGCCCCAUUCGCUCGUGGCUAGGUUUAGAGAUACAUGUAGUUUGUUUGGUGACGGACGGGGGGCUCAUUGGUGCUGGCAGAGAUGGCUAUCCGCAAGGGUUUGAUCGCUUUCUCGGCUGCCCAUCUUGUCUUGACACCCCAGUAUUUCUUUUUUCAUGGUGAGUAACUUGGGCACCGAUUGCACCCUGGGGGGGGGGGUAGGUUGCACCCCGAAGUGGGCAAGUAGUCCCGCACCUCGGUGAGUGUCGUUAUUCCAAUCGACACGGUGGGCGAGUAGCAUAGACAAAAAAAAGGAUUAAGGUCGAUCCCGGCCUCCCGUCCUCCUUACCCAACCCUUGUGAGGUCGUGAUCGGUGCACAACCUACACCUCUGAUCACCAUUGUAGAGUGAACUUUGGUCGCAGAGUGGUUGGGACGUGGGAAAGUAGGAGAGAUAUACAAACGAGUCUUGUAUUCGUAGCGACGUGGCCUGGCCGCAAUCCCUCGGCAACUACAACCUUGAGCACAGUAGGGCAGGAGGAACUGGUCUACGACACUCAUUCUCGAGGUGGGGAGAGAUUCAGCGUACGACGCAGGUGCAAACUCGGGCUUCACCCCAGUACACCAACACUAAUUGGCCGUUGAAGUCAUCAUGCGCCAAAUUCGUGUACAUAGAAGGGCGAUGGUCCCGUUGAUAAAGGAUACUCCUGUGCUUUUUUUGUGCCUCUUGUCGAACAUGCAUGAAUCCCAUUCGAGCAAGGUGGUUCCCCGUGCCCACCCGGAGCAAGGGAAGCGGGCCGAUCGCAACUGUUGGAGGACAUGCAUGCGGAUACCAAGAAAGCAAAGCACACAAGUACAA